UAAAGAUUAUUCUGGUCACUGUGUGGAAAAGAGUAACAGGAACACCUAGUUAGGAGGCUACUACAAUAAUUCAGGCAAGAGGUGAUGGAAGCUCCGACGAAGGUAGUCAUGUGGUGUUGGUGAGAUGUGGUGAGAUUCUGAGUAUUUUGAAAGUAGAGCCACCUGAAUUUACGAAUGUGGGUAGUGAGCUGUGAUAGGAAGAGAGAAGUCAAGGAUAACUAUCAGGAUUUUGGCCAGAGUAACUAGAAAGGUGCAGUUGCCACUUACAGAGAUGAGAAAGCCUGAGGGAGGAGCAGGUUUGGUGAGAAGAUUCAGACCACGUAUCUGCUGUGUGAUUUUAGGUAAAUUGCUUAACCACUCUGAACCUGUUUCCUCAUCUGUACAAUGGUUAUAAUCGCUCCCUUGCAGAGUGUUAGUGAGAAUUGUGUGAGAUCAUGAACUCACAGGCUUGGCUUGCAUGUGUACUCAGUACACAUCCUGCCCAUGGCCAACAGAUGACACAUUGCCAUAUCUUUUCAGGAAGGAACUGGAAGGCGACGGAGACGAUGCUUAUAUAUUUAUACUCCAGUUCCUACCUCCUCCCCUGCUUCAUCCAGGUAGAAGUGGAACAGGCCUUUUUGAUGGUUGUUUUCUUUAUUCAAAGUGUUCAAUGGUUUUGGAGAUGUGAUGAUGCUAAUGGAGGUGGCUGGUGGAUAAAUGAUCAUAUUCCCAAGGGUGUGAAGUUUACAAAACCGUUCAAGGCCAUUACCUCAUGUGAGUUCAGCAAGGCAGAAAUUAUUUCCAUUUUAUGAAGUAGGAGAAUCAAGUGUUUAAAAACAAAACAAACCCAGGCUGUCUCUAUAUCUUGCUACCAUAUGGAACUUCAUUGAACCCCGGGGGAAAAUAGUAGGUGAAGAGGGUCCUGAAGUGGGUAUUCCUCUUCCCAUCCCUGAGUGGGAGUGCCACCCAGCUCUGUCCAAUUGGGCCCAGCUAUGAGAUGGACUGUGAUCCCACUAGUCUAGCCCAGGAGAGGACCCCCAAAUGCUUGCCCAGGUCCUUUUCUCCCUGUCUCAGCCACUGUGAGCGGUGCCUGGGCUAUAGUCUUACUGCUUCUGAGGCUUGGCUAAGUGAGUCUCAUACACAUUCCACUCAAAUCACUCCUCCCAGCUAUUCCCAGUUACUGAGGUAACUGAGGAGGUGACUGGAGCCUUAAAGAAUCAAUGUGCCUACGGUUACAUCAUUAGAAAGUUCAAUCUGAGUUCCAACUGGUAGGCUUGCACCCAGCAGGGAGAAUUCUUACACCUGUUGCUUCCACUUCUUGCAGCCCAACUGCCCCCUUCCCUCCGUAUACCAGGUGCCAACACACAGCUGUCUCUUCCUUGCUCCCCUGACCCGGCAAGCUAUGCUGGGUGGGGCUGAGCUGGGCGGGGCAGCCCUGUGUAUUGAGUGUCCUGUAGGGCUGUGUCCCGGCAGGCAAAUUCAGCCAGAGAUUGCUUCUGAGCAGUGGUUCUGACUGGUGAGGAGGAAGCAGGACAGGAAAGCCUAGAAUCUGGAUUGCCUUCAAAGCCACUGACCCGGCCAUGCCUGCUCCACUGCUCCCGCUGCUGCUUCGGAUGCUGCUGUCCCGCCUGCUGCUGCCUGCCGCCCGUCUGGCCCGCCAGCACCUCUUGCCCCUGCUGCGCCGGCUGGCUCACCGCCUGGGCUCCCAGGACAUACGAGAGGCUCUGCUGGGCUGUCUGUUGUUCAUCCUCAGCCAGAGACACCGGCCAGAUGCUGGGGAGGCCUCCAGAGUGGCCCACCCGGAGAGGAGGGAGAGGUUAGCUCCGCAAAAAUAAGGCCACAAGUCCCGGUAGCAGCAGAUAUGAAAGGCUUUCUCUUGGAGUAAGAGUUCUGGCACCAUCACUGACAGUAGCCUGUCCAGUGGACAUUAGCCAUGGUGCGGGACUGAGCAUGAGAUGGGUUUGACCCAGACAUGUCCCCGGGCUCCCAGCAGAAAUGACUGCAACGAUGUCCUGCAUCGGCAGAGAACUGAUCCUUACCUCUCCCUGCCUGCAUUCCUCCCAAGACCCAUCCUAAUCGCCUCGGGCCCUGGCAUGGAGAGGAACUGACUCUCCCUUGCUCUCCACACCCCCAGACAAAUGGGGACUGGACGUCCAGUGUGGGACAAUACUUAUCCCAGGGACAAUUGACAAUUUAGCGGAGAGGCAAGAUUUUAAUCCAGACUAUUUUCCAGACUGGGGAUUUACCUUGAAAGAAUUAAGACCUUGAUUCCCCAGAGAAUCGGUCCUGUGCUCCCCCUCCCCUCCCUCACACCCUCGUCUCCCAGUCCAGCAUGCAGCAGCUACUCAAUAAAUACUUUUGAAUUCUUGGGAUGCCUUUGAAAGUCUUGUCACCAGCAUUCAAGCCUGGGCAGCAAGACAGUCUCACCGGGCAAGGGGGUGGGGAACAACUCAAGGCUUCUUGUUCCAUUGUCCUUGUCAGUCCUCACCUCUUGGAAGUUGUUUAUUUUGUCUCACUUCAGUCAGUGCAGCACACUCCCGCCCAGCUGUCCUGAGGCUCUCUUAGAGAGAGUUUCGUUGUCCACCUCAAGCGCCGCGCGGUACAAAGCCCGCCGCGGAGCGCCGGGCGGGCGCCGGAUCGCCCGUUACAGCCCCUCUCCCGCCCGGUGACAAAGACCCACGCAACCUGCGAUUUCCGGCUACGGCCCCAACCCCGAGGUGAGGGGGGCCAAGCAGACUACCAGGGGCCCGCGGGCCCGAGGAUUUCCGUCUCUCCUCCACAACUCCGAUGCCCCUCCCUGG